GCUCCCGAGCCUGCCCGUCGGGACUCCGGUGACGAGGGGCGGAGGAGGCAGCGGCCGGAGCCGGAGCGGGGGGCGCUCGCCGCUGCCCCGGGGCCGGGACAUGUCGUCGGCGGCGGUGGCGGCUGCUUCCCGCAGGCAGUCGUGCUACCUGUGCGAUCUGCCCCGCAUGCCCUGGGCCAUGAUCUGGGACUUCACCGAGCCCGUCUGCCGGGGCUGCGUCAACUACGAGGGCGCCGACCGCGUGGAGUUCGUCAUCGACACGGCGCGGCAGCUGAAGCGGGCGCACGGCUGCUUCCCCGAGGGCCGGGCCCCGCCGCCGCCCCACGCCAAGCAGCCUCCGCUCUCCGCCAAAGAGCUCCUGGCGCAGCAGCAGCAGCUCGGCCACCCCUCGGCGGCGGAGGCGGCGGCGCGGCCCCCGCCGCAGCCCCUGGAGCGCUACUCGCUGGCGGCCGAGCGGCCGCCGCCCCGCCUGGGCGCCGAGUACGGCGGCGGCCGGCAGGUCAACGGGAUCCUGGUGCCCAACGGCUUCCCCAAGCCCGAGGAGCCGCCGGAGCUCAACCGGCAGAGCCCGAACCCGCGGCGGACGCACGCCGUGCCGCCCACCCUGGUGCCGCUGGUGAACGGCGCCGGGCUCCCCGCCGCCAUCGGCGGUCUGGGCAGCCGCGCCGCCGCCGCGGCCGCCGCCUCGCUGGCCGCCAUCUCCGCCGCGCCCGCCCCGAUGGCCGUGCCCGUGCCCCAGCAGCCGGCGGCGGCGGCGCAGGCGGCGGGGCAGGCGGCCGGGCAGCCCGGCGAGCUGGGGCACAAGCGCCCCGGCUCCGUCUCCUCCUCCUCCUCCUCGGGUGGCGGCGGCGGCGCGGCGGGGGAGCACGACGGCGGCGCCAAGGAGAAGCGGGGCUCUGCCGAGAGCCUGCCGGCCGCGGCGGCGGAGCUGGCCGCGGAGGGCAAGGGCCGGCCGGGCGCCGAGCAGGAGUGGCUGGCCAAGCCCAAGACAGUGCGGGACACGCUGCUGGCCCUGCACCAGCACGGGGGACACGCCGUGGCCCCCUUCGACAGCAAAUUCAAGAAAGAGCCGGGCAUGGCGGGCGGCAGGCUGCUGGGCUACGAGACCAACGGCUCCGUGGCCAAGCCAGGGGCCCGGGCCGCCCGGAAGAGGAAGCCUUCCCCCGAGCCGGAGGGCGAGGCUGGACCCCCGAAGAUCAACGGGGAGGUGCAGCCCUGGCUGCCCACCUCGUCGGAAGGGAUGAAGCUGCCGCUGACGGCCACCCCCUUCAUGUCGCCCCCGCCGCCCACCGCCUCGCCCCACUCCAACCGGACCACGCCGCCCGAGGCGGCACAGAACGGCCAGUCCCCCAUGGCCGCCCUCAUUCUGGUGGCGGACAAUGCCGGGGGCAACCACGCCUCCAAAGACGCCAACCAGGUCCACUCCACCACGCGGAGGAACAGCAGCAGCCCCCCCUCGCCCUCCGCCAUGAACCAAAGAAGGCUGGGCGCCGGCAGGGAGGUGCCGGGCCAGGGGGCCAACGCGGCGGCGGCGGGCGGGCUGGAGCCCGUGCACCCCGCCAGCCUGCCGGACUCGUCCCUCGCCGCCAGCGUCCCGUUGUGUUGUACCCUCUGCCACGAGCGCCUGGAAGACACCCACUUCGUGCAGUGCCCCUCCGUCCCCUCGCACAAGUUCUGCUUCCCCUGCUCCCGGCAGAGCAUCAAGCAGCAGGGAGCCAGCGGCGAGGUGUAUUGCCCCAGCGGGGAGAAGUGUCCCCUGGUCGGCUCCAACGUCCCCUGGGCCUUCAUGCAGGGAGAGAUCGCCACCAUCCUGGCCGGAGAUGUGAAAGUGAAAAAGGAGAGGGACUCGUGACUCGCCUGUGCUCGCCGCCCGACGUCACCUUGAACUCGAACUGCUCGAAUUCUGUAUAUAUCUAUAAAUAUAUAUAUAUAAAUAUAUAUAUAUAUCUCCAAGACAAGGGAAAUGUAGACUUCAUAAACAUGGCUGUAUAAUUUUGAUUUUUUUGAAUACAUUGUGUUUCUAUAUUUUUUGAAGACAAAAGGUAUGUACUUAUUAUAAAGGCAUUUCUUCUAAUUCUUCUCUUUUUUUUCUGUUUCGUUUUUUCUUUUUUUUUUUCCCUUUUGUUAUAGCAACUAUUUGUUGUGCUUCCCUGGUGACAGUUACUGUUCAAUGUAGGCUGUGACUUGCGCUGCUUUUUUUAGAGAGCACUUGGCAAACCAGAAAUGCUUCUAGCUGUAUUUGUAUGCACUUGUUUCUUCUGUUUUUUCUUUUCUUUUCCUUUUUUUUUUUUUUUUUUUUUUUUUAAAUGCCAAAUACACUUUCUGACGUUGUAAAGAUUGCCUUACUGUCUGUGAUUCCUUAUUCCUGGCCCCUGUCCUGUAGAGCUGGUCGCAUGCAGGCUUGGUCUGAGGCAGCUGGGGAGGAGAGUGGCUGGCCAAGGCAGGCGUGCCCUUUGCCAUCCGCUGGCCAGGCGAGCUUAGGGAGCAGGAGGGCUUUCUCCCAGGAGCGCGUGCCUCGGGUCGCGAUGGAAGAGCCUCCAGAUCCAGUCCCAAAUUGCUCACUGUUUCUCAAGGGAAGUUGCCACCAGAGUAGGAUGUGGAGAGGUGUCCAAGAGGCGUUGUUGAGUUAGGGAUUUCUGGGUUUGUUUGUUUUUGGUUUGGUGUUUUGGUUUUUUUUUUUGGUUUUUUUUUGGGUUUUGGUUUGGUUUUUUUUUUUUAAGGCAAAGUUGACCGCAGUUCUCGUGAUCAGUUGUAAGAUUACAAAACUGCAUUUAUUCACCAAUUGCAUACCACAACGUGGAAUUUUGAUAACGAACUUAGUUACAUGAUUGGCGAAGGUGCCAAUGUAGCACUGCCAUUUCUGAAAGUCUUCAGUGUCACUUGUGGGGCUUUUGUGUCUUUGGACAAAGCUGGGGAUAUGGGGAAGAGACUUUAUUUUAUUUUACUUUAAUUUUCAGAUAGUGCAUAUGGAUUUUGAUUUUGCUUACCAGUCGCCUCUAGUGCUGUUGCUAUUGUUACUAUCGCUGACCCGGUGUUUCCAAGUAGUGGCAGGUACGGUGUGAUACAGUGACAGCAGUGACUGAGGCUCUGCCAAAUCGCCCGCGGGCAUAUCAGUGACAGCCCAAAUGUGGGUGGAGGAAACCUGUAAUUUCCUUAUUACGUAUGCUUGAAACAAACCUACUGCUAUUCUUUGAAAAUGAAAAUAUAAACUGGUUGAAAUGAAAGCAAUUAGGGCUGCACAUAAUGGCCCUGGCCCUGCCUUUUAAGCUACUUUGGAGAACUCUUUUGUAAAGCCACUUCUUUUGAUCACGCUUCUGCAUCACCAAGCAGACUUCUAAAAUCAAUAAAUCAUUGGUUACUAGAAAUAGUUCCAGUCUUAUAGUGAUGUUUUUGUGCUGUUUAUAGUUCAUUGGCAACACUGCAGCUGUACGAGCCCUUCUGUCGAGGUGUUUAUAACUCAAGUUAUAGACGGUUGUUUCUGAGCAGAAGGGUGGUGAGGUCGUCCCUUCCCAGGGACCAGCUAAUAAACACUUCUAGUAUCAGAAGAGGAGGAGGAAAAAUCUGUUCAGCCAACUAUAAAAUUGAAGAUUUUUGGGUGCUUUUUAGUCAACUGUUCUUAUUGUGAUAAUGUUCAAACUGCAACUUAACGCAGAGUAGUUUUGGUUUUUUUUUGAAGACUACUUUUUUUUUUUAAAAAAAAAAAAGAAAUGGUCAUUAUUAGUAUUUGAAGAUCAGAACUGCACAUGCACAGUAAUUUUCUAUGAAGUGUUUAAUGAGCACACCCACUACAUUGUGUUCCAUAUUACAGGUCAAUGUAUAAAAGACUUGCAUGAUAAACAAAUUCAUUGAGUCAAUAUUACGCUUUAAAACUUAUAGUCAAGAUUGGUGUCUUAUGUAAACACAUUUAGCCAAUUUGAAGAAAACGCACAUUAUAUAUAUAUAUACCUAUAUAUAUACCUAUAUAUAAAAAAAUGCCAACUGUAAAGGAUUCUUUGGAACCACUAUGAUCUGUGUAAAUGUGUAUUUAGGCACUUUAUUAAAAAAAAAUGGAAUUUGA